AUGCAAAUUCAAGGACGUGAACUCAGAAACAGAGCUUCAUUACGUCCAUCCAGGUGGUACAAUGACUUCAUCGAUAUAAACAAGUUAUUCAUAACUGAACUCACUGAACCCAAGGAACCAAACUCUUUUAAAGAAGCCGUCGAAAAUGAAAACUCAGAAAAAUGGAAAAGAGCUAUGAAUGAAGAAAUCAAGGCAUUACUAAAAAAUCAAGUCUGGGAACUUACUGACGCUCCAAAGAAUCGAAGGAUAGUCGACAACAAAUGGACGUUUAAAAUAAAACGAGAUGAAAAUGGAAACAUAAAAAGAUUUAAAGCAAGACUUGUCGCCAGGGGAUUUUCACAACAAGAAGGGAUUGAUUAUCACGAGACUUUCAGUCCGGUAGUCAGGUUUGAUUCCAUUCGAGCUAUACUAGCCAUUGCUGCCAUUUGA